AGACAGCAGGAAAAAAAAAAAAAAAGCAGCAGAGCGAGUGGGCAAGAGGAAGAAAAAAAAAACUGCAGUGUGUGUAGUUUGCAUCCCUCCCCUGAGCAGAUCUUUAUCAGUUUGACUUGAUAGGUGUCCGUCUAUGUGUGGAGAUUACAGCAGGGCUGAGCAAAGUGUCUUGGUCCCAGUGGAGAAGAGCUCAGUGUCCCGUGGAGAGCAAACCACACAAAAAGGAUUUCUGACUGUCAACAUUUUCACUGUGAAUACGUCCAGCCACUCCUGCAGAAGUCAACAUUUGGCUGGACUUUGUGUGCAGCCUAAAUGACUAAGUGGAACUUGUUCAAGCACCAGACAACGCCCAUGGUCGCUGCCAAACCAACAGGGGCCAGUGCCUUGACUGUGACUCCUGCCCCUGUCGCCCUCAUCUCUGCAGACAACUCCACCGAACCGGUCAACAAGAACGAUGCCUUUGACGAGAUCAAAAACAAGUUUCUGAAUGAAAUUGAUAAGAUCCCAUUGCCAUCCUGGGCCAUCAUUGCCAUAGCUGUGGUCGCUGCUUUACUUAUUCUAACGUGCUGCUUCUGCAUCGUCAAGAAAUGUUGUUGCAAGAAGAAGAAGAACAAGAAGGGCAAGAAGGGGAAGGGUGACAUGGGGAUGAAGAACCUCAAAGGAGGAGAGAAACAACAGGAUGACGAUGACGAAGAAGAUGAUAUCGAACCCGGACUGACUGGAGAUGAGAAAGAAGAGGAGGUUAAGGAGAAAGAGAAGCUUGGGAAGCUGCAGUACUCCAUUGAUUACGACUUUCAGGAGAACAAGCUGACAGUGGGAAUCCUACAAGCCGCCGAUCUCCUCUCUAUGGACAGCGGUGGCACUUCUGACCCGUACGUCAAGGUCUUUGUGCUCCCCGACAAGAAGAAAAAGUUUGACACGAAGGUUCACAAGAAAACACUGAAUCCUGUCUUCAAUGAGACUUUUACCUUCAAGAUUCCAUUCCAAGAGAUGGGAGGAAAGACUCUGGUCAUGUCCGUCUAUGACUUUGAUCGCUUCUCCAAACAUGAUGUCAUCGGCGAGAUUAAAAUACCCAUGAACACCCUUGACCUGGCAAAGCCAAUCGAAGAGUGGCGAGACUUGGACAGCGCAGACCAAGAAGAGCCGGAGAAACUGGGUGACAUUUGCAUCUCUCUGCGUUAUGUCCCCACUGCUGGUAAACUCACAAUCUGUAUUCUGGAAGCCAAGAACCUGAAGAAAAUGGACGUGGGUGGUCUUUCAGAUCCCUAUGUGAAGAUUAACCUGCUGCAGAAUGGAAAGAGGCUGAAGAAGAAGAAGACGACAGUGAAGAAGAACACACUGAAUCCUUACUACAAUGAGUCAUUCAGCUUUGAGAUUCCUCUUGAGCAAAUGCAGAAAAUCCAAGCUGUGAUCACAGUCCUAGAUUACGACAAAAUUGGCAAGAACGACGCCAUCGGGAAGAUCUGGGUAGGCAGCAAGUCCACCGGUGCAGGGCUGAAACACUGGUCCGACAUGUUGGCCAACCCACGACGUCCCAUCGCCCAAUGGCAUCCCCUGCAGCCAGAAGAAGAGGUGGAUGGCGCCCUCGCGGCCCUGACUGCCAAGAAGUAAACUCCCUCCCAUGAUACCCAACCCCACACCUCCUUACACGUUUCCCAUCAUUCUCGCAGGUCUCUGUAUAUUUCGGACCCCCCUACCGCCCUGCCCCCAUCUUUCAAAAGAUCCAUACAUAACAGUUCAUCAUGAUGCCAAAUAGAGCUUAAAAAAAGCAUCAUGUUAUAUAAAAUAAUGUCAUUGGAAAAAAAAAAAAGAUGACAAGUUACAGGAUGGACAGAUACUCUGUUGAUUUCCUUUAGAUCUAUUUUUGUAUUGAGGUUGUAGUUCUGUUACUGAAAGUGCAGCGUCGACUAUAAAGACCAGUUAGAGCGCUUAACGGGAAUCUGGUGUACGAGGGGAAAUAAACAUCCAGUCAUCUAUAUUAUACCCCCCCCUUUCCCCUUAUAGUGACACAGUCUGCUUAGCAUAGUGCUUAAUAAUAAAAAAUGCUUUAUACUGCCAUAUGAUAGAGGAAUAACACAAGCAGGUCCAUUCCUUGGGUGUAUUGUGCACUACGCUCCACACCUGCCACUUAUCUUACUCGGCCAUUCUGUUAGUACAUUCCUAGAGUUGGGUAGCCAGUAGUGGUAGGUACAUAUCAUGUUACCCACACGACACACUGCCUUUUCGAUCAGUUCACCUUUUUUUGGCCAUCAUCUCAGGAAUACUGAGAGGAGACUCCACAGUUUAUGUUCUGCACGAGUUGUUCGGGUCAACAACGCACGUUUGAGAGAGAAAUACUCGGUUUGUUAGUCAAGUGAGGGAUUUUGAGCUGGAAGGAUGAAGGAGAAUUUGUAUUUUUUUUGUGUGUCCUUGACUGUGCGAAAACAUCAAAUCAAGGGGAUAUAUCCAAGAGACUGACUCCAGCCACCAAAUGAUGUGAUAUUUUACAAGGUGUCGGUGACUGCCUGCCGUCCACCAUCUCCUGUUCCCAACGACGCCGCAUCUCACUUGUUCAGUGCUACUGCCAUUAAUCAUGGACUCCACACACACACACACACACACAUACACACACACACAUACGUCUUACAGUCAUAAAGGAGACAAGCCUUCCAAGUAUCAAAAUAAGCAAUUCUCAACUACCAGGGACGCCUUCCACUUCGUGGUGUUGUUCUCUUCAUUUUUCACAUUUUGCAUUUAAUUUAUUUUACUUUCAUUCCUCAAGCACUUUAACUCAAAACGGUACAUCGAAAACAUUCUUUAAAACAAAAAGAGCUUUAAUUAUUUAUUUGAAAAAAUAAUUAUGUGACAAUUGAUGGGAGUUGAUUGUGUGUGCUUUUUCGAAUUGCUACUGGUUUUUUGUGUAUAUCGCAGUUGUUUGGUUUGACAAUGGAUUGCAAAGACAACAUCUCAAGCAGUUGAAUUUAAUUGCACUAACAGGGAUUUUCCGUUUCUUUUCAGCAGUAUGCUGCACUUACUUUGGGGGAGGGGUUAAAUGUUUAAUUUUUUUUAUUUUUUAUUGAUGAGAUAUCUCAUGACCGAAUCGUUACGUUGUUGAAUAAAUUGAUAAACAUCAACACAUGUAAUAGCGACACUUGCAAAAAAUUCCGUCGACUUGUGCUUAGUCGACAUGAAUCAAAAGCAAUUUGGAAUUGAACAAAUGUUUCGCAGAUUUCGUUCUUUUUUUCGUGUUGACAACACUCAAAAAAAAAAAAAAGGCGACAUGGAAGCAAGGGAGCAACCUGUUGGUGUAGUUUUGCCUAUAUACAUAGUUCAUCCACGUUGAUACUGCAUGUUUAUACAAAAAUACUGUACAUAAGAGCAUGUUUUAGAGAUGGAGCAAAAAUAUCUAGUGUACUUAAAUGGGUGUCAUUUGUCAUUUUAUUAACACAACAACAGCAACAACAACAAAAAACAAAAAAUGCACUGUAUAUUUUCUAAAUGAAACAAAUGUGUAUUUAUUUUCCAUGAGGGUCAUUAGAGAGAAUGUCAUCCAGAGAGAAUGUCAUCCAGAUAUUAGAGUGAUACUACUACUAAUUCCCAUAGGAACAUUUCCACGCCUGAAAUUCUUAAGCAAGUGUGUUGUCCAGUAACGUGUGUGAGUUCAUGUAGGAUGAAAAUGUAGCCGCAUGCUUGCUGUCUUAACUCCCCUUGUGGUUUGAGUAAUUCUAAUUCUUUUGUUUAUUAUGUUCAACAAUACUGCCAUAUCUGUGUUUUUUUUUCUGUAUGGAACAAGGCUCUCCAAGUCUUCAAGUCCAUAUUUUCCUUAAAAAAAAACCUGCAGUGUCAUUGUAAAUUAUUAUAAUAAUAUCAAAGUAAAAAUGAAUAGGUGUCUUGCAGUAGUUGUGCCAAUGACUGAUCCAUGAUAAAGUUAGUUGGGUCAUUUUUUUUCCUUCAGCGGGGCCAAAAUAAUGAAACAUUCCAUUUAACACAAAUGACUUGGAAUCCCUUUUUCCCUACGCUUUGUUUACUUUUUUUAUGAUUGUUUUUGAACUUCAUAGUGAUGUCUUUUACUGUGUUUUAUUCUAGAAUAUGUGUAUACAAUAUAAAUGCUAAAAGCCAUAAAACUCAAGCACUAACUCUUUAGAGCUCAGCUGAGCAGAUAGAUUUGUUGUAUAAGAAAAAAAAAAAGUCAUUUUCUUGGCCAUGUUUGUCCUAUCAUUGCAUUUAGAGAUUAAUUUAAUAGAUAUGUGAGCAUCCGGAACACUUUCUUUGGGCGUGUGUGUAUUUUUUUUUUUUUUUUACUUUGUUAAUUUUUUACUUUGUUAGUCUGACUGUAUUCAUUAUCAAUGUAAAGUCACAAUGAAGUCCUUAAUAAGUCCGCCAUAUUGAUGAAUAGAGUGUUUUGCUUUUUGGGGUGAGUGCAAUUUAUCAACCAAACCGGGUUUGUCGGCUUUUUAGCUUAGCAUAGUUUUGACUAAUACUGCUAAAAAAAUAUAUAUAUAUAUAGAGGGCUGAAUUUGGGGGUUAAAUUUUUACAAAAUUGCUAUUACCUUAGCUUAGCAUAGAUGUUAGCAAUGCUGUUUCUAGCAGCUGACCAAGAACUUAGUUAGCGUAUUUGUGACAACGACACAGCAAAAGGACAUAGCAUUACCAUUUGGGAUGAAAGUUAUCUUAGCUUAGCAUAUGUUGCUAACCACUGUAAAAAAAAAAUAAAUAAAAUGUCACAGACUUGACAGGAAACGGUUAGCUGAAUUCAGCUAACAAUACACGAUCAGGAAAGUUGCUAAUGUAGCAUAUGCAGAGUCAAUUAUGACACAUGUACAACCCUUUACAAGAGGUUAGCUUAGCAUAGUAAACUGCUAAUAUUGUCAAAAUUGCAAGCAGAAGCCAGAUAACCUACUUUUAGCUAGUAGUGCUAACCCGGUUCAGUUCAAAGUACGGGAAGACUGCCACUCCUUCGCUACACAGUUGUAGCUAGCAAAACUAUUUUUGGCAAACGUAACAAUACAAGCACAUCGAGAUUUGUACUCACUGCUACAGUUGUUGGAGUUAUCUUAGCUUAGCAUAUGUUGCUAACCACUGUAAAAAAAAAUAAAAAUAAAAAGUCACAGACUUGACAGGAAACGGUUAGCUGAAUUCAGCUAACAAAACACGAUCAGGAAAGUUGCUAAUGUAGCAUAUGCAGAGUCAAUUAUGACACAUGUACAACCCUUUACAAGAAGUUAGCUUAGCAUAGUAAAUUGCUAAUAUUGUCAAAAUUGCAAGCAGAAGCCACUACUUUUAGCUAGUAGUGCUAACCUGGUUCAGUUCAAAGUACAGGAAGACUGCGGGAAGACUGCCACUCCUUCGCUACACAGUUGUAGCUAGCAAAACAAUUUUUGGCAAACGUAACAAUACAAGCACAUCGAGAUUUGUACUCACUGCUACAGUUAUUGGAUUGUUGAGGAUCUUUGGAUUUAAGUUUUUGUUUGAAUCCAUGUGAGGAGACCUAACAGGAGAAAACAAUCAACUUCAUUCCAGUUCUAUAAAAAUGUGUGACACAGCAAAAGGUCAUAGCAUUACCAUUUGGGAUGAGAGUUAUCUUAGCUUAGCAUGUGUUGCUAACCACUGUAAAAAAAAUUCAGCUAACAAUACACGAUCAGGAAAAUGCUAAUGUAGCAUAUGCAGAGUCAAUAAUGACACAUGUACAACCCUUUACAAGAGGUUAGCUUAGCAUCGUAAACUGCUAAUAUUGUCAAAAUUGCAAGCAGAAGCCAGAUAACCUACUUUAAGCUAGUAGUGCUAACCCGGUUCAGUUCAAAGUACGGGAAGACUGCCACUCCUUCGCUACACAGUUGUAGCUAGCAAAACUAUUUUUGGCAAACGUAACAAUACAAGCACAUCGGGAUUUGUACUCACUGCUACAGUUAUUGGAUUGUUGAGGAUCUUUGGGUUUAAGUUUUUGUUUGAAUCCAUGUGACCUAACAGGAGAAACAAUCAACUUCAUUCCAGUUCUAUAAAAACGUUUGGUUGGAACACACUUUAUGCACAAUUGUAUUGCUUUUCGGAAACAAAUUCUGGGAUUUAAAAAGGGAAAACAUCCACUUAAUCUCUUUACUUUUGUCAAAAAGUAAGGAAAAGUGCAAUCACGUUUUUUUUUUUCUUUUUCUGAUGUAUUCUUCACAUGUAGCGUCUCUAUGUGCAUCAACGGCAGGCAUUUGUCUCUCUAAAUGUUGUGUCUUUGUUCGGUUUAUGUGUCUUUAUGACACAUGGAGCUCCUCCUCCAAAUUCUGCUUUUGCUGGUCUUCAUGUUUUACAACAUGGACUUAGUGUAUACUGCCAAAUUCCUGUACCUGACCCUUCUUUUCAACCUUUCAUUCCAGAUGUUCUCAAGAGUUCCCUCUCCUUCCCUGUCCCCCCUUUUCCAUUUACUUUCUCUUCUCCAUCCUCUUGGAAAGCAUUGGAUCGGAGGACAGUCAGGAUGUGUCCUCUAGCUGUGUUCUUUGUGUCUCGUGUUGUGGUUGCGCGUGUUCAUGUCAGUACUUGUGCCUACUGUGGAUCGCAUGCUUUAGCCCUUGACUGGACACAAACGUUGCUCACAAACUCCUUUUGACCCUGAUGUGGACAAAUGUCGGGGAUCCUUAUAACGUUAUCAAGGGAGCCAAAUAACUUAUUACAAAUUUAUCAUAUGUGUUACCAGUUCUGUACAAAAAAACAAAUAGGAAAUAAAGAACUUUUAAUUAC